AUGAUUGAUCUUGUCAGUGGGACACCUUCAAUAAAAUGCAUGGAAAGGAAGAGCAAAAUUGCUGGUGGAGAUGAGGAGGACAGCGAGCUGUUCACUUCAUCCCCUAGCAGCAGGCCAGUGGCUAGAGCGCACACCCGUGCGACGGUGGAGGGGCUCCCGCUGGCCUGCUGGGGUAAUUGGGGUUUUGUGUACGAUAGCCGAAAUAAUUUACAGAUGCGAGGUUUGGUCGUAUUGCUUAUUUCCAAAGCUGCUGGACCCAGCACGGCAGAACUCUCUUUCCAGCACAACAUGGUCAGUGGAAUUUAUUCCAGUCAACGAAGUCUGGCUGAGAUUACGGAACUGAUCCACACUGCCUUUCUGGUGCAUCGUGGCAUAGUAAAUAUUGGUGAGCUCAAGUCAUGCGAUGGCCCGCUGAAGGAUAUGCAGUUUGGAAAUAAAAUGGCUGUUUUGAGUGGAGAUUUUCUUCUAGCAAAUGCUUGCACAAGCCUUGCGCAGUUACAGAAUACCAAGGUUGUGGAACUCAUUUCAAGUGCUAUUGGUGACUUAGUUCAAGGUAUAUAUUAUGAAAACUCAAAAUCAUCUGAGAACUGUCUUACAGAUGAUAUCGGCAUAUCUACAUGGAAGGAGCAGGUUUACCUGUCACAUAGCGCCUUGCUGGCAAAGAGCUGCCAGGCUGCAAUGGAGCUAGCAAAGCACACUGCUGAGAUUCAGGACAUGGCAUUUCAGUAUGGAAAGCACAUGUCUAUGAGUCAUAAGCUACAUUCAGACCUUCAGCCAUUUGUUAAAGAAAGUUCUAGUGACACCAUGGCCUUCAGUUUGAAUUCUGCUCCUGCAGUCCUGCAUCAGGAAUUCCUUGGAAGGGAGGCAUGGAUUAAACAGAUCAGAGAG